AAGACGCAGUUCCACACGCUCGCAUGCCGCAUGUGCAUGCUUCACCAAAGGAAUUUUUGACACAAUGCAGAAGCUGCCACAUUGAUGAGAAAUGAUCUCCUGAACAUUGCAGAACCACUACUUCAGCUUUUCGGAAUCGGACCUGCGAGGCGGGGGAAAUAUUUUGAGUGUGUUUGGCAAUUUUGGUAGGCAGAAGCUAAAAGAGAGGAGUGCCUAUUUCCUGGGCUCCUUAAGCUCUUUGCCCAGUGCCAUCGCAUCAAGGCGAGCCAGGGCAUCCCGGGAGGAAUUGGGACAUUCUGAGGGCAACAAAAGACCAGGAGAGCGUAGUCCACGUAGUCAGGGUGGAGGGAGUGCCAAGGAGAGUAGGCAGUGUCAGAAUCGAGUUUCAGAAGCUGAAAGGCCCAAGUCACACCCUGAAAGCAAUCAGUGCCACAACAUUCCUGAUACCCAACAACAAACCAGUCCUGUAAUUGUAACUGCUGCAGAGCAGAAACUCCCUGACUGGGCUGAGGAUAUUUUAAAUACCUACUUAGAUAAAGGGAAGGCAGGCAGUCACAAGUGCCCAUUGCCUGUUAAACCCCAGUUCCAGGAAUCCACAGUAAAUCCUCCUGGUGUUGUUGCCAAGUCGGGCUCUGAGCAGAGUCUGUGGGAUAGCUGUGAAUUGCUGUCAGGGAAGAAGAAACAAGCCCGAGAUCAAACAGCACCCGACAAAACUGCAAAGACCAAGUACAACAUUAUCAUCACACUGACCAAAGAGGAAGGCUGUGGGGACGGAAAGGGGGAGAAGGAUGCUGCAGGGCUAGUCCAACAGGAGACAGCUGUCCUAGAGAGCGUGCGACUGAACGAGCCCAAAAUGACAGAGGAACGCCUACCAGAUCAGAGCAGACCUGUCGUGCGGGUUCCCCAUGCCCACACUGUGGAAUGUCAGGGGAAUGCGCCGGCUGCUCUAAACACUCCUCUCAGAAUUAGUUACGACUCCGGCCUGGGAUACAAAAUAGGAGAACUCUCGCAACAUCCCAGGGAACGCAUCGCAACUUUUCAACCGCGUCUCACCCCGAGGGAUACAGGUUACAGCCGCUUCCUCCAGAAACCCUACAACUUUCAGGCUGACAGCAAAAUAAAUCUUCAGACGUUGACGAGCUUGCCGAGGUCUCUCCAGCAAGCACAAGGCUUAGAAAGUUGCCAAGAGAGCACAAACAAAUUGGUAGGUGAGAACAGUGGUUCAAAAAGCAUCAGCAACCAAAUUGGAACGGAACCUACUGAGACCCUCUCUGUACAUGUGCCUUCUGAAAUUGUAGGGGGUCCUGAUUCUUCACAAAUUUCAAGCAGUGCAAUGCAACACCAGAUUGAUGCAGGGCUUAGUGACACCAAGAAAGCAAUUUCAGGACUGUCCGAUAGCUCCUUGCAACUGAGCACAGCAGAUUCAAAGCACACUGAUUCUCAAAAGCCCACUGCACAGGGAGACAAUGUUGUGACUGGAAGUGAUCUCCCUCUGCCAGGCAAUCCAACACAUAGUAGCAAUACAAUAAACAGUGACAGCCAUAGCCCCGUGAAUUCAGCAAAGUAUGGGGGUAGAAAUGGAAGUGUUUCAGCUCAGCAUUCCAGCAACGAGUCUCAUUUUGGUCAAGGCAAUGUAUUACAGACUGUGAAAUCCUCUGGACAUACUGUCGACUCUCAGAGCCCUGAUCACAAGAGUCUUGUUUCUAAACCACUUCACGCUCCAACCAGUGAGGAAAGGACACCUAUAAAUUUGAAAUUGGAUCAGCUUCCUGGGCCACAGCUGGUUAAAAUUACUUCCAUAAGUCCUGAAAUUGAGUCACUUCAAAAUUCUAUAAAAUACACUGUGGAUUCCUUCAAGACAGACAUCACUGAAAAGCCUGUUCUCCAAUCCAAAGGUACCCUUGUUAAAGAUCCUGCAGAAAACUCGAAAGAGGCUGGAAGCUCCAUAAUACUUGAUCACGGGUCUCAAGCACUGGCACACAAGUUCACAUCCAUGAAGGCCGGACAAGAGAACAGUGUUGAACAACUCCAAAAUUCUAGAAGCCACUUUCUAGAAAAUGAGCUGUCUUCCAAUGAUGUCUUCAUUCCAAAUCAAAGAGAGAAAUGGUCCACCGAUGUCUCAGAUGACACUGAUAGUUUAUCAGAAAUAGAUGGGUUUGUAGACACCAUUCGGAACUUGGAAUCCCCCAUGCUCUUGAGCCGUAACAAAAGUCCUAGAAACCAGAGGGCACAUUCCAUCUCUUCUUCUUUUUCUACAUUGCCUCCAAUAGAAGAGGAUCAAACCAAUCCAAAGAAUUCCCUAUCUUCUUCAUCGGACACUGAGAAACCACAGCAGCUGGCAGAUACUAUCAAUGGAAAAGUUUUGCCAAUGCUGCCCUCACAACCUGUUUCACCAGCCCCUCAAAUUGAUUUCUCAAAGACUCUAAAAAAGGAAAUUCUCACCCCCAUGGAGAUGGUGAAGAUGCAGCUCGAGGAUAAGCCCAGAAUUGGUACCCGACAUGCUUCAUCAGACAACAACAUUAUCUUCCAAUCAGGUCUUCUAGGAAAGACCAACCUGGAAUGCAAUGCAGAUUCAAAAAACAAAGAACUCUUUGGUGCAGAAAGCAGGUGGUCUCGGCUGAGCAACAGCUUAUUGUACUACAAUGCUAAGAAGCCAAUAGAGCCUUACUCUAGCAGAUCAUUGGACCUGAAUUCAACAAGUGCAAAUCCAAUAAGUCUCUCGACCAAAUCUCCAAAUCACAUGCAAAGAAGUUUGUCACAUGAAGAUGUCAGCACAACAAUAAAGACCCCUGACCAGCUCCCCAAAACAACAUUUCUUGCUAGUACAUUUGAAGGCAAUUUGAAGGACACUCAAAGGCCCAGUCUACUGACCAGCAUUUCUGAAAGGCUGAUACCUGGAUACUCCAGGCUGAUAGACACUAACAAGAAUCUUCAGUCCCACAGAACAUCUUUACCUUCUGAUUUACGCCAGCGCUCUGUUACCAAUGAAACUCCAAGAAAAUUCACCGCCUUUCCAGAUGUAUGGAAAAAGACACCAAAGGAUCAAGGAAAAAUUAACCCCCGACCUGGCAAGAUAAUCAUUUACGACAAGCCAAACUUCACUGGCUUUCAGAGAGAAAUUAUUUGUGAUGUGCCUGAUUGCUUGUCAUGGGAAUUUCCUGCUGUCAUUUCAGUAAGAGUUAUUCGCGGAUGCUGGGUGUUCUAUGAGAAGCCAAAUUAUAAAGGGAAGAAGUUCAUAUUUGAAGAGCAGGAUGUAAGGUUGACGGAUCCCUGGAGCGAGGAAGUUGAAGAAGAGACUGAAGAUCCUGACUCCAAGCCACCUCCUACCAAAUUCAUCGUCAUUGGUUCCCUCAAAAGAGUAGUCAGGGACUACACCAUACCUGAAAUAUCUUUGUUCCCAGAGGCUGAUGGUGAGGGGAAGAAGCUUACGUUUCACUGUGAAUCCGAGGAUAUUCGGAUAUUUGGGUAUCCCCCAAGAACAACCUCCAUCAUUGUCAGUUCUGGACUGUGGUUUGUUUACUCUGAGCCUUUCUUCGAAGGCCAGCAAAGUAUUCUGGAAGUAGGUGGCUAUCGAACACUGGAGGAAUGGGGAGCAGAGAAACCACAAGUAGGAUCCCUGAUACCUCUACAAAUGGGUCCGCCCAGGGUGGAGAAGCCUAAUGAACCAAUGAUCACCAUUUUUGAGAAGAUGUAUUUUGCUGGGAGAAGCAGAGAUGUUUACAAUGACUCCUCAGACUUCCUGUCCAGAUAUCCCAACACUGGCGCCGCUCUCUCAAACGCUGGCUCCAUAAAGGUCUAUGGAGGAAUUUGGGUCGGCUACUCAAAGGAAGGUUUCAGGGGUCAUCAGUAUCUCUUUGAAGAAGGCGAGUUCAUGGACUGGAGGACAUGGGGUGGCUGUGAUGAGGAUUUGAAGUCACUGCGCCUCAUCCGGGCAGAAUUUUUCAACCCUGCGAUUGUUCUGAAUGACAGAAAUGACAACGAGGAAAGUGAUUCAAUUAUGAUUACUGAGCCCAUCCCAGACCUGGAGCUGAUUAAUGUUGGGGACCAAGUACAAUCCAUGAACGUUAUGAGUGGAGUAUGGGUGGCUUACGAGGGUGUCAAUUAUUCUGGAGCUCAGUACAUUGUCGAGAAAGGAAUUUACCGGAACCCUCAGGAUUGGGGUGGCCAGAACUGUAAGAUUAGCUCCCUGCACCCCAUCUUACUGGUGGAGCCAAGCAAUCCUCAGUUCAGAUUGAAGAUAAGGGCCUACCCAGAGGUCGAAUACGGUGGACGCUGUCUGAUGAUCGAGGGGGAGAAGUUGAGGAUCCCAAAAGAUUUUAAGAUGCAGUCUUGCAGGGUCCUAAAUGGCAGCUGGGCACUGUAUGAGGGCCAGGACUACAAUGGGAGAGUCUUUGUGGUUGGUGAGGGAGAAUAUCCAGAUCUCCCAUCGAUGGGCUGCAGGGUGACUGCCCACAUCCGCAGUGUGAAGGCCAUCCCACAUGUCUUCUCCGAGCCUUCACUCACUUUAUACAGUUUGGAGAACUUUGAAGGAAAAGAGAUCGAACUAGACUCUGAACUGAAGAAUCUGGUCGCCGAAGGUUACAACAGUCUAGUUCUGUCCCUCCGUGUCAGUGGUGGUGUCUGGGUGGUUUACGAGCACAACAACUUCCGAGGUCGCCAAGUGCUCCUGGAGCCCAUUGAGAUUUCAAACUGGCCCAAGUACAGCGGCUUCUUGAGGAUUGGAUCCAUAGCACCAGUCUCACAGAAACCUGCAUUUUUCCACAUCAAGAACAAAGAGACUAAUGAUCUCCUGUCGGUCACUCUGUGUCAGGAGGAUGUGAAGUCUGGACGGGUCAUUGUUGCUCCAGAGAGUAAGGAACUGGCGCAGCUCUGGUUCUACGAGAACGGGCUGCUGAAACCCAAAUUUGCUCCAGAAUUGAGCCUCCAAACCAUUGGUGCAUUGAGUGACACUGGCGUUAAGGUUGUGCUUUGGUCUGAGAAGCGAAUACCAAGGCAUUGCUGGACAUUUGAAAGGAGCGGGACAAUCCAGAGCCUCUUGUACAAAGGGUUUGUACUCAACAUCAAAGGUGGAAAGUCUUACGAUCGGGACAGUGCGAUUAUCUGUAAACAUGACGAGGAGAAUCUGCUCCAGCAGUGGGAGAUUCAGAUGCUGUGAAAACACAAACUGCUCAAGAACAACCUGUGACACACACACACACACACACACACACACACAGAUAUAACCCUACCCAACGCUCCAAUCAGCCUUUCCACUACUUCCCGGGAACUGAAUGACUCCCCACUGUGGUACUGGGAGUUAGCCGCUUAGCUGAGAGGCAACUUCCAGACCCCCUGGAUGGCAAUGUGUGUGAUCCCCCCAUUGCAACAGCAAUGACUCUUGUUGUCCCCUUUACAUAUAGAGAGCUCUCAG